GUCCUUUGCCAUGUCCUCUAACCGGCGGCCGCAGGCGCUCGGCGCCGUGCUGGCGCAUGCGCCGUACUGCCCCGCGUCCGGCGGUGAGUGGCCGGCGCAGCCAUGGCGGGGGCGCUGAGGAAGACCACUGGACUUGUAGGAUUGGCUGUAGCUGAAAACCCUCAUGAGCGCCUGCGAAUACUGUACACAAAAAUCCUUGGUGUCCUGCAAAAGAUUCCCAAAGAUGCAGCAUAUAGGAAAUACACUGAGCAGAUUGUAAAUCAGCGAUUUAAUUUGGUGCAAACGGAGACUGAUGUGCAAAAACUACAGGACAAACUGAAUAGUGGUCACAUAGAAGAAGUUAUUGUACAGGCUGAAAAUGAGCUUUCCCUGGCAAGAAAAAUGAUACAGUGGAAACCAUGGGAGCCUCUAGUUGAAGAACCUCCUUCUGACCAGUGGAGAUGGCCAAUAUAAUUUUCAAAAUGGUGUAACAUCUUGAAAGUGGGGGGGGGGAGAAGGUUAAUUAUUAAUCUAUUGUUACUGACAGCUAUCUUUAAAUUAAAGAUAAUAACUUCA